CUUUCCCACUGCUCUUGAAAUCUGUUCUAGAGCUUCGCGUAGCAUCCAAAGCACAACCACAAGUGGUGACUGCUAACAGAGCCGGUGCUUGAAAACCACUUCACGACCACUGUGCGGGAAUCCCGUGCCCCGACACGCGCACGCACAAGACACCCACGAUCGCACGGUUUCUGUAAUCCUCUGCGUAUCCUCUGAUGCCCGCAUUCGAUCCUGUGAGGGAUGCUGUGAGGAACUCCCCUGUGCUUUCGACACAAUCCUUAUCGCUUCUCAAUUCCCCCCAACUCCCAUCACAUCCUCCAACACCACAAACACCAUCGCGUGCCCUGCCCGCCCCAACGCGCCGUGCGACAGCUUUAUCUGCGCUCCUCAACAACGAGGAACCUCCUAAAUCAUCGAAAAUUUCGCAACUACUCCGCACGGACAGUGAAGAGGAACGGAUAGCAACUCGGAUAGGAACUCCCAGUUUAUUCGAUUCACCAUCACUCGUCAAAUCACCAGGGGACGACCAGUUGAAAAGUGCUCCUGCCAUGCAAAAAACAUUAAAGUACCAGCCAACGAAACGAAUAUCUCCCGCAAGUUCCGUGCUUCGGCCCAUGUCACGAGCAGAAAUGGACAUGUACAAAACAUUCCAGGGCAAAGGAUCCGCCCGUCUCUCCAAACGGAAGCGGUCACGUUCCCGAACGCCAGAUCACGAUCAACCCCCACAAAAAAAGCAUGCCGGAGACGUGGGUGUCGUUGUAGAGCACUCUAUUCACGAAGACAAUGCACGCCCGGAAGUUGGUGUGGUUCAGCGCGAGAAAUCUCCGAUCAUUGGCCUCAAAAGUUUCAACAAUUGGGUCAAAUCUGUGCUUAUAUCUCUAUUUGCUCAUCCGGCACUCCUUGCCAGUAAAGUGACAUCAGGACGAGGGUCGAGAGGCUCGGGGCGUGGGAAAGUAUUGGACAUGGGCUGUGGCAAGGGUGGUGACUUGACAAAAUGGGCCAAAUCGCGUGCUGCGGAAGUGCUCUGCGUGGACAUCGCAUCGGUAUCGGUUGAUCAAGCUCGCGCACGAUGGCAGGGGAUGCGGGGAUACAUUCCUGAAGCCUCAUUUGCCAGCCUAGACUGUUACUCAGAAUCCCUGGCGCGUGCUUUCUCUCCUGCAAAGCUCGCAGGGCCUUUGGAUGCUGUCUCGAUGCAAUUUUGCAUGCACUACGCUUUUGAAAGCGUCCAAAAAGCGCGAUGUAUGCUGGAUAACGUCAGUCGAUGGUUGCGGACCGGCGGAGUUUUCAUCGGCACCAUACCCAACGCAGAGCAACUUUUGCAAAAUCUUGCUGCAAUACCUCCGGACGCUCCGGAACUUACGUUCGGAAAUGGUGUUUAUAAAAUUCGAUUCGCAGAACGAAAUCACAAAGGCUAUUUUGGGCACAAAUACUGGUUCUAUCUCCAAGACGCUGUCGAGGAUGUCCCCGAAUACGUCGUUCAUUGGGACAAUUUGGUGCAGAUGGCAGCCGAAUACGGACUACAUCCUGUGUACAAACAGGAAUUUCAUGAAGUUUUCGAGGACCAUCGAGAACACAAAGACUUUGGGCCCUUGAUGGUGAAGAUGAACGUGGUUGACGCAAACGGAGAGAGUGCGAUGGACGAAGACCAAUGGGAGGCUGCGAACAUAUACAUCGCCUUUGCGUUCGAGAAGCGAUAGCUUGAGAUUGGGUUUGUAGGAUAGAGCAGUUAUAAUCUGAUACUGUACAGUCUGGUAUGUAAUGUUAGCUGAGCGUGU